GCUACAUGCAGACUAAUUAUAAGUAAGCCAUGGCCUUCUGAGCAUGGACAUGACUUUAAUAUAAUUACAUAGUUUUAUAUUUUAAAGGUUUUCCUCUGAAAUCUAAGCCGUUUCCUGAUGUGUAAAGGCAGGAGUCUCUGGUGGCAUCGUGUUAGGAAACGAUGACAGGAACGGAAUCUGCAUUCUGUGGUUUUUGUACAUUACGGGAAUGUCCUAUCCGAACUCUGCUGUCAGUUCUCAAUUGCACAACCCAGGGUUUUGAGAGAGACCAAAUUUGCUAUGAGGACUGGUCAGACUUCCUGCCAGUGCGUGACCAAUUGGGGAAGGAAAGCCUUCUGCUGAUCACACUUUGUGGUGUCCCAUAAGGAACUGACAUAAGAAAAGACUAUUUCCAGGCCACUUUCAGGGUAUGAAUCAUGCCCCUUGUUCAAUCACCACUUUCCUUGACAUUUGCAUGAAAAUGUGAUUAAGAUGUUGAGAGAAUGUGGGGAUGCAUUUAUCCUUUUCUAUUUAUUCUAUCCUGAGCUCUUUUGGGUACACAUAAUCUCUUCUGUACUGUUGCUAUCUUAGAGUGGUAAACUUGCCUAUAGAAGGAUGGUCUUGUGGUGAGUGCGUAUGGAGACCUUUAAGCCACCUGGGCAUGUUGGCUGCUUGUCCUAGACACACCUUUCCUGUGGAAGUACUCUUUGCCUAACUUGCACGAGUUAUUGGUAACACUCAAAAUGCAAGGAAAUGGACUCUUCAAAGAUUCUUGUAGCCCUCACUCUGAUUGCAUGAGUUCUAGCUGGUCAAUUGGCCAUCCUGUUUGGUGUUGAUGGGAGUUGUAGUCCAACAACAUCUGGAGGAACACAGGUUCCCCAAUCCUGGUAUAAAAAAAUGGAUGUGUAUGAACAGGAGCAGCGACAAGACAUGGUAGAAUGCAGCUCAGCUGUGGAUCCUUGCCUCUCUUUUAUCUUGAUGCCUUUUGAACGUAUAGGAAGUGCAGAGUUGUGGAUUUUCAUUUACCCUCUUGUUGUUGCAAAGCUUUUCUGUUGGGUUAUGUGAGGAGUCAAAACGAAGGCAACUGUUUCCCUUUUUCUGGCAUCUCUAAAUGCUACAUGAUCACGAGCAGAGGAGUAUUGGGAAGCAGACUAGACACCAACUGGAAAAAUUGGAGUAAACUAAAAACUGUGUUUGAUUUAUGUUUAGCCCUAUGUGUGGCUAACUCUGGCUUACUUCUUUUUAUAUCUACAGGAGAUGAAUUAAAAUGCAGCACACGACGUGCACAGAGGACAGGAUCCACCAUGCACUGGAGAGGUGCCUUCAUGGCCUCAGCAGAAGCACUUUCUCUGCUAGCACUUGGACUGCUGGGCUUUGUCUGAAUUGUUGGAGUCUCCAGGAGUUGGUCAGCCGUGAUGCAGGGAACUACCUCAUCCUUCUGGAGAAAAUCUUGCAGAAGACCCAAGAGGUCCAAGAGAAAUGCAACUAUGAUCUCUUUGCUCCGCUGGCUCUGCUCUUCAGCUCAGCUGUCAUGUGUACACCACACUUUCCUUCAGAGUCAGAUUUCCUUCUGAGAGCCAUGAGGACGUACCGUGACUUCCUCACCUGGCCUGUGCCAUACUGCAAUAUCUGCCAGGAGCUCCUGACCUUCAUCAGCAAUGAACUCAAAGCCCCAGGGAUUUCAUUUCAAAGGCUGGUUAGGGCAGAGCAGGGUCUGUCUGCAAAGAGCUGGGAGAGUUCCAUUGUAACAGUCCUGUUGCUGAACCCUUCAGAAGUUGAUGGGGAAUUUCUCUCAGUCGCUGAAAAGUUGAGCACGGCAGAGCACUCCCAACACACGGUACUGGUGACACUCCUGGAGCACAUCUACCAAGCUAACUUUGGGACCAAAUGUGACAUGACAAGACUACGUCAAAUUCUCAAGCUAAAACCUUUAGAAGAGCUCAUGGAGAUAUUUGCCAGCACCACAGAAGCUCAGGAGCUGGCAGCUGCCACCAGCAAUGACCUUUCCAUGGCUAAGGAGCAGCUAGAAUCUGCUUUGCUGGAGAUUGCAAAGGCAGCUGGGCUGCCUGAAAUUACAGGGGAAGUCCAGCCUUGUAAGCUCCACCUGAUCCCCAUCCCUGUUGCCCGGUGUUACACCUACAGAUGGGAUAAGGAUAACUUUGACAUCUUGAAUGAGGUACUGGACAAAGAGGGGCACUUCCCAAAGCCUGUGGUUUUGGAAGAUGAGGAGGAGGAGGAGGAGGAGGAGGAAGCUGACGGCUACUGUCCAGAAAGAACUUCUCUGUUGACUUCCCUGGCUGCUGUCUCCAAGGAAUCUGUGUAUUCCGUAUUGUCGGAGGGCAAUCCUCAUGACUCGCAGGCACCGGUCCUCUCCACCCUUUCCAAAGACUCUGAGCUCUCGUUGGCCUCUAAAAAGUCCUUGAAGACUUUUGUCUCCAGCCUGAAGGACUGCACGGACAGCGGUUAUGUGGAGGACAGUGACGAGAGCUCCCUUGAGCCAAUGGGCCGCCUGGAUCCAAAGGAGGAGAAGGCAUCUCCCAGGCACCGGUAUCGCCUGAGCAACAAGAUAAUCAAGCUGUUCAAGAGCAAGAGCCAGCUCAUCCUGGGCAGGGAAUUGCGGGACGUUUCUGAGGUGGCGUCGCUCUCACUGCCGCUGCGCAGAGCCGAGAGCCUCUACAACCCCGUGGUCAAAGAGCGCAUCCCCACACGCUCACGGCGUGCACUCUCUCUGCCGCAGCAUGCACUGAGCGCCACGCUUUUCCAGACCCGUGUGCCGCAGAAUGCCUGUGUCCAGCGCAGGCCCUUCCUGAGCUGUGAUGAGGACACCAAGGUCUCGACGCUGCGGGUGGUCGUGUUUGGCUCCGACCGCAUCUCUGGGAAAGUGGCCCGGGCUUACAGCAAUCUUAAAUCUCAGGAAAGCAGCUGCCCCUGGCUAACUCGGUACUUCAGACUGCAGUUUUACUAUGUCCCUGUGAAGAGGAGUGGCCCUACCUCAUCUGCACUGACCUACCCUCCUCCUCCUCCAGGAGAUCCACAUUCCCGUGCCUGUGGAUCAAUGGAUCCUAGUUUGGCAGGGGUGGAGAGCAGCACAAACGAUAUCUCAGUCUACAUUGGUAUGCUGGAUCCAUGGUACGAGCGCAAUGUUCUUGGGCUAAUGAACCUUCCCACAAAUGUUCUAUGCCAGCAAUCUGCCAAACCUGAGGGUGAGCCCCUAGAAGAUACAGCAGAGCAGCUCCCCAUCCUUGCUGACAUGAUCCUUUAUUACUGUCGUUUUGCUACCCGCCCAGUGUUGCUGCAGGUCUAUCAGGUAGAGCUCACCUUCAUUGGAGGACAGACGAGGACAGAGAUCUUCAUCCACUCCCUAGAGCUGGGCCACUCAGCAGCCACACGGGCCAUUAAAGCCUCAGGUCCAGGUUGCAAGCGACUGGGCAUAGAUGGAGACAGAGAAGCAAUCCCACUAACACUACAGAUCGCCUACAGCAAGAGAGCAAUCAGUGGACGGAGCCGCUGGAAUGACAUUGAGAAAGUCUGCACGACCAUCAAUCUCAGCAAGACCUGUAAGAAACAAGAAGAGCUUGAUUCAAAAACCGAAUGCUUAACUCUCACUGCAACAGAGGUAAUCAAGAGGCAGAGUUCCAAGUCCAAGAAGAGUUUCAAUCAGCAAAUCAGUGUGUCUCAGAUGAAAGUGGACAAGGUCCAGAUUAUUGGGGUGAACUGUUCCUUUGCUGUGUGCCUGGACCAGGAUGAGAAGAAGAUUCUGCAGAGUGUCACCAGGUGUGAAGUCUCUGCAUGCUACAAGCCCAAGAUCAGUGAGCCCUGCAUUGAGGAGAACCCCUGUUCACUUCUCCCUACCCAGAAUUCCUCUGACUUCUGCUCUCUUCUCUGCUUACCCAUUGCCACCUUCAGUGGGGCACUGCCCUAAGGAGUCGGAAAGGAUGGAGUGAGUGAACUGCUUCCAACUCCCAGUGCUGAUCAAAGGUGCUACCAGGCAUCCAAUGGAGAUGGACCUCCACUGAAAGAGGAAAACCCAUGGCAUGUGUUUUUCUGCCCAUGCUGGAUAGCUUGGCUUCAGCAGAAGCAGGGCAUGGUAGCCCUCCCAGAACAAGCACUUGACACCCCUGGGAUAUGAAAGGGUUUGGUGUUUUUUAGGGGAAAGAAUAUCUACCAUCUGUAGUUUCCCCAAGAGUGCUGAAGAGAGAGAGAGAGAUUGCGGAUGACAUGAAUGUGAUGGGGGUACAUCUGAAAUGCAGAGAAGUGGGAGAGUUUGACUGGCCAGUUUCUGCUAAACCACUGAAAAACUUCAUUGUGAGUGAGAGAAUUGCAGCUGUCUGCUCCCCCUUUUUAACAGGGCAUUGUGGAUGUGACUGGUACUUACUGCCCUACAAACGAGUCCAUAACAACAGAGGUGGGGUAUUUUUUUUCAGCUGGAGCUGAAUGCAGCUUUUGUGCUUAUGCUUUGCUGCCAUUCACAAAUUGCAGGGAUCGCAGUAUGUUGCACCUUGGGUUUUUCUUUGAUAAAAUUGCCUGAUGCUCAGUCUGUUAAGAGUCACCAGGAACUGGAAUUUGAUGGCCAGCAGGGGGUGGGCAGUGGCAGGAAGCGAGCAAAAUGAAUGAACAUGCACUGAAUGGAACUGAAGGGCAGAUUGGAGCAGGGUGUGCUCUCAAAUGGGACAGAACAGUUUGAUGACAAACGUUAGAUGAACCAGAGUGAUUCUCUGUAAAAAUAAGACCAGAGAAGAGAACACUAAUAGCCAUCUAUGGUUGUCAGUAGAUGCCCUGCUUCUCUGCAGGAGAGCCUUUGAAGCAAACCUGUUCUGUUUGCCUAACCUCCAACAGAAUUGGAUGGCUCUGAGGUGUUCUUGGCCACCAAUGCUUUUAUUCCAGGCACAGGAAGUCUACGUUCCUCCAGGUGGUGCUGGACUCUACCUGCCACCAUCUUCAGCUGGGUAUGGCCAAUAGUCAUGGAUGAUGGGAGUUGGGAGUACAACAACUUGCAGAUGGGUACUGUUUCCCCAUUCCUGGUAUGGAGGAAUGCAGGGCGUUACAUGCUUUUGUGUUGCUCCAGAUUUGAGACACCCGAGGUGGAAUCGUUUCAGGAGGCACUAUUGCUGAAUUUGUGAAUGGGUAGUUGCUGUAGCAAAGAGGCAAAGAAGCCUCAUAACAGAACUGGAAGAGAACUAUCAUGGUUUCUCUUGUUCUGUAGCAGGCAUGGUUUUCUAGAUGAUUAUGAUGAUGAGCUCCCACCAUCCCUCGUCAUUGGCCAUGUUGGCUGGGGCUUGAUGGGUGCUGGAGUCCAACUAUAUAUGGAGGACCUCAAGCUCUCCAUCCUUGGUAUAGAGCGGGACUCCUUUCCCCCCUGAAGUUGGAAACAAAAUGUUAACCUGAGAAAUGUAGGUAGCACUGAGGUCCAUUUUAAUCACCUUCUUACUUGAAUUAAGCUAUUUUUACAUGGAAGUUAUAAUAAUAAUAAUACAUGCUGUUUACUUGCUUGCUUUUGAGAGAAGAGUGCAAAUGGGUGAAACUAGUUGUUGAUAGUGGGAGGUGGUGACUAAAGGGGCAUUUUGAACUCCCAGUUGCAGGGAGUGUCAGUGUGUGUGAUAGUGUCAGCGGAAAGUGGAAAGGAAAAAUCCAGGUGAACAGGGUCCUCCUACUUUCUCAUUCCACUUCUUAUUCUUAUUGAACACACACAUACACAGUACACAUUUUGCAUGGGUAAUAGUUGCAUAAUCUUUUCUCAGGGAGAAGGAAAACCUGGGGUUAGGUGCAAUGCAGAUUUCUCUAAGUAUCAGUUAAAUUAUCAAGAAAUUGCUGGCUAAAGAAUUGAGGACAAGGAUGUCAAGUCUCAAAUUCUUCCCUAGAAAGUUUCCAGGAAGGUGCACACACAGUAGCCAUGGGGUGCCACAAAGUGGUACUUUUAACAGCUUUUGUAUGUCCUGUUUGUUUGUUUUUAAGCACUGAUUUUGUUCCUUAAAAUAUGCUGUUUCCCUUGGUUUCAAGUUGCAAUCUUAACACCUUACCCUCUCAAGACCACUGCCACAUACCUGCCUGUAAAAGCAAUUUGUGGCAAUAAAGGCAGGGUGAUGCACUGUGGUUUUCAGUACAGUAGCUGUUUGUAAGAAGCGGAAGGAAGGAAGGAAGGAAGGAAGGAAGGAAGGAAGGAAGGAAGGAAGGAAGGAAGGAAGGAAGGAAGGAAGGAAGGAAGUGCAUUAUAAAUGCAAACUUUUCUACUGAAAUUGAGUACCUUUUGUCUGUUGGAGCAUUUCCUUAAUAGUUGCUUCCUUUUGUACAUAAACCCACUGUGUAAAUUUUAUAUUGUGACCUAAUUUUAUAAAAUAUUGUCAAGAGAUAUUUUAUUGUAAACUUAUUUGAAAUAAAGCCACAUUUUCAUAAAUCAAGACUCUACGUGUUUUAAAAACAGCUGGGUUGUUUUAAAUAUGUUUUCUCAUUUGCUUCAUUCUAAUAUUCAGGCUGCUUUUUAGCCAAGGGAAAGCUGUUGCAUAGUUGAACCGCUGGAUGGCACCAAAGAAUCCUACACAAUUAGCAUCAAUAAAGCCUUGCCCAUAAGCAAAAAAGUGAUUAUUUGAUCCUCCUGCACCUACUCUAUGUGUCCUCUACGAAGUUCAAUACAAAACCAAGGAGGCAGACUAGAUGGGUGACGCAGGUUCAAAUUCCCACUCAGACAUGAAUUUCACCGGCUAACCUACCUCACAGGGUUGUUGUGUGAAUGAAAUAGAAGGGGGACAUCAUAUAGCAGGAGGGAUGGGGUAUGUCAGGUCUGCCGCUAAUUGUUUAAUGACUCCAGCUUCUGUUAUUUCUGACAUUGGCCACAGUGGCUGGGGCUGAAGAGAGGCAGAGUCAAACAACAUUCCUGCUAUACAAACUGCCUUGAUCUCCCUGAAAGAAAGCUGGGGGAAUAGAUGCAAUAAAUAAAUAAAUAUUUAUCAGAACAGUACAAUGCACAUUUCAAAGCAGAAAAGGAUGUAUGAUUGAUAACAUAUUACCCGCAAAGAACAGACCGUGUUUCUUUGUACAAAACUAUGAAUUUUGAUCACAACUGCAAAAUUGUACUAUGUAUAUUUGCUUCAUUCAGUACUUAUAAGAGAGAACUCAUGAAUUAAAGUGCUUUCGUCAGGUAAGUUUUAAGACUUAAUGAAACUAAUGGACUGAAUUUAGCCAUGUUCAUUCUUUUUAGUGAAUCUAUUCUGAGCAAAACCUCAUUGAAUAUCACCCAUCCCAUAAUGCCACAGAGUCUCCAAUAAUUGGAC